UCGCUUUACUCGCUAAUCGUGGAGGUGGUAAAUUGUUAUUUUUAAAUUUGCUCAAUUUAAUUAAGUUAUUUGGAUAAUGUAUGUCCAAUGAACAGUAAUUACUACGCAUUUGGAAUAUGAUUUUCGUUGCAUCCAUUGAUCUACUUAUGUGAUAAUCAAGGGCUGACACCAAGCGCCAACAUGUCGGGCGGGGUGACAGGACCACUGCUGUACGCGGUGGCCGCCGCUGUCAUGGGCAUGCUGCAGUUCGGCUUCAACACCGGUGUGAUAAACUCCCCAAGGGACUUCAUUGAAGAAUUCAUCAGGCAAAAUGGAAACCCAGACAAUGCAAGCCUUAUGUUUAGCGUCAUUGUAGCUAUAUUCCCCGUUGGCGGAAUGAUUGGCUGCCCGGUCGCCAGCUGGCUGGCAGAGAAACGCGGCCGCAAACAAGCCCUUUUCUUAAACGCGGCCUUCGGAGUCAUUGGCGCUGCUUUUAUGGGUUUUAGCAAAGUUUCAUCUUCAGUCUCAAUGCUCAUUGUGGGUAGAUUUUUCAUUGGAAUAAACUGUGGAUUUGCGACCACUGCGUCACCGACUUAUGUGUCGGAAAUGGCGCCAGUGACGUUGAGAGGAGCCUUGGGUACAGUUAACCAGUUAGCAGUCGCAUUUGGUUUGGUCGGCGGACAGAUUCUGGGUAUUGGCGCUAUACUCGGUAGCGCAGAAGGCUGGCCCUGGUUAUUAGGACUUGCUGUUAUUCCAUCUGCAGUCCAAUGCAUGAUGUUGCCCUUUGCCCCAGAGACCCCUCGUUACCUUCUCCUUGCCAUGAAAGAUGAACAGAAAGCAAGGGAAACUUUAAUUCAAAUACGAGCAAGCAACACAGUUGACGACGAAAUCAAUGACAUGUACGCUGAGGACAGAGCUGAGAAGGAACAGCAACAAUUCUCCAUUAAGGAUCUGUUUAAAAUAAGCUCUUUGCGAACACCGCUAAUGAUCGGUAUUGUAAUGCACUUGUCACAGCAAUGGGGAGGUAUUAACGCUGUCUUAUAUUUUUCGUACACAAUCUUUACGUCCGCUGGAUUAGGAGAAGAACCUGCGAGAAUGGCGUCAAUUGGAGUUGGCAGUAUCCUCUUCAUAAUGGCAUUAGUUUCGAUUCCUUUGAUGGACCGUUUGGGAAGGCGAACACUGCAACUGUGGGGUCUCGGUGGAAUGGCGGUGUUCUCAGUUCUGAUGACGGUAGCGUUACAAACCAAGAACAAUCAGACUAUGAGCAUUUUCGCAGUUAUAUUUACGCUGAUGUAUGUAGCGUUCUUCGGUGUCGGUCCGAGUUCUAUUCCUUGGAUGAUAUUGUCGGAACUGUUCGGUCAGGGCGCUCGAAGUGCCGCUGUCAGUGUCGGUGCUUUAGUCAACUGGUUUGCCAAUUUUAUCGUUGGUCUAACCUUCAUUCCCAUGAAAGACGCACUUCAGGAAUACGUGUUUAUCCCAUACACAAUUCUUUUACUAUUAUUCUUUGUUUACACGUAUUUCAAACUGCCCGAGACCAAGAAUAAGACGAUUGAGGAAGUCACAGUUCUGUUCAAAUAGUCUCAUUAGUAAAUAUAAAUAUUUAUUAGCGUGUUUACCAAAAUGUUAGCAACUGGGCCUGAAAUUUGAUUUUUAUUAAGCAAACAAUAACAACUAAUUUGAAAUGCAAUGUAGUAAUUUGAAGGAAUCAAGUUGAAUUUAAAGUUGAAUUAUUUCUUUGUAUUGGCUUGGUAGCUGGCUGGGCGUGGGGCUCUCUGAGGUGAACUAUUGCGCCGUAGAUCACCACAAUGAUGGUUUCAAAAUUUUUAAAUGCGCAGAGCACAAUGAAACUAAGUACCCAGCUGUCGCCGUAAGUUGCCAAGUUAAUUUGCGCAAUAACUUUCAUGUAUCUUGCUUAAUAAGAGCUAUUAGUUAUAGAGUCUCUCAGCCGCAAAAGACAGAUUGUCAUACGUAAUUGACGAAACACAAAUGUUUUACACAUUCCGAAUAAUUGUUAAGCGAAUUUAUUUGAAUAAGCUGCACUACUAAUUGUAGUUGUGAUAAAUAGGUAAUGUACUCGUAUGGUACUUUUAUUAGAUAUGAAUAUAUAGGUACACUAAAGAGCACGUCAAGCUGGACACUUUGGACUUUGAAUCGUUUUUAUCCUAAGGGGGCCUUAAAAUUAGGCAACCGUGACACGACAACUGCGCUUCUAAAUACUGUAUGAAAUUUAGCAGUGGCGCAGCUGUUGCGCCACAGUGGCAUCACUGCUGUGCUUCUAAUAUGAAGGCGCUAACCGGCAUAUAGCUGAAUUUAAAUAAUAAGUGCCAAGCUCGACGUGCUGUUGAAUUUAAAUUUAUUAGAUUUGCAC